AGGCAAACACGUGGCAUUUUCUCGUGGUAAUUCAUUGUAUAGUGCAUACGUUGUGACAGUGAACGUUUGGACGGUAAACGAUAAACACAGUGUUUCAGUCCAGGCUACGUCACAAACGUCGAGUGAUAAAAAUAUUGAAAUGGCUGCAGUCUAAGCUCAGUGCAGGCUCAAAUGUCGAAGUGACGCGAUCUUCGGGGAUCUCGCAUAUAUUUGUCACCGGCAGGUAAACUCGAGGCGAGUUGCUUCAGUUACCUGUCACUUCAGCAAGCCAAUCUCGCAAUUCUCAUUAUACCGGUUUCUCGGAUCGCCAAUCUGUCGCACAAGUCUGCUACGUUAAGUCGCGUGCUACUUAAAAUUCGUAAGUGCAGCUACGAAAAAUGGCAUCGCCAGCACCGAUGUUGAGCAAGGACGUGCCUGAUAUUGAAAAUAUAUUGAACAUCAAUCCGAAGUCCAAAGUUCAUACAAAUUUUGUGCCAUCGGCGCACACCAAACAGAAUAAGGAGCAUUGGAAAAGGAACAUCCAUGAGAAAUGUGACAGUUGCAUAUCUCUGACAAAGAAUUUUGACGACAUCAAGCACACCACCUUAAGCGAGCGCGGAGCUUUGAGGGAAGCGGCACGCUGUUUGAAAUGCGUCGACGCACCAUGCCAAAAGUCCUGUCCCACGCAGCUGGACAUCAAGUCCUUCAUCACCUCGAUCUCCAACAAGAAUUACUAUGGCGCGGCCAAGGCGAUCCUGUCGGACAAUCCUCUCGGCCUCACCUGCGGCAUGGUUUGCCCGACCAGCGACCUUUGCGUGGGCGGUUGCAAUCUUCACGCGACCGAGGAAGGACCAAUUAAUAUUGGCGGGCUUCAACACUUUGCGAUGGAUAUUUUCAAGCAGAUGAAUAUUCCUCAGACCAGAAUUCCCAAUCAAACGGUACCUCAUGCAAACACGAAAAUCGCUCUGCUCGGCUGUGGACCAGCUUCUCUCUCGUGCGCGACAUUUCUCGCGCGACUCGGUUACGACGAUAUCACGAUUUUCGAGAGAGAAAAGUAUGUCGGCGGAUUAAGCUCUUCCGAAAUACCGCAAUACAGACUUCCGUAUGACGUUGUCAGUUUUGAAGUGGACCUCGUCAAGGAUCUGGGAGUGAAGAUCGAAUUAGGAAGAUCAUUGUCUGAAAACGAUUUAACAGUACAGGGUCUUCAAGACGCUGGACACAAAGCGAUCUUCUUAGGUAUCGGAUUACCUGAGCCGAAGAGCAUACCAAUCUUCGAAAAUCUCACGCCGGAAAUGGGUUUCUUCACCUCAAAGAGCUUUUUACCUGUUGUCGCGAAAAGCAGCAAGCCGGGGAUGUGCGCUUGCAAGAGUAAUCAGGAACUUCCAUCCCUUCGGGGCAACGUGAUCGUUCUCGGCGCGGGAGACACCGCUUUCGAUUGCGCGACUUCCGCUCUGCGAUGUGGUGCCAAGAAGGUCUUCGUUGUCUUCCGGAAAGGCUUCACCAACGUACGGGCUGUUCCGGAAGAGAUGGAUUUGGCGAGGGAAGAGAAGUGCGAGUUUAUACCAUUCCAGUCGCCGAAACGAGUCAUCCUUCGCAAUGAGAGGAUCGCCGCGAUCGAAUUUUGCAGGACCGAACAGAAUGAGAACGGCGAAUGGAUAGAAGACGAAGAGCAAAAGGUCGUUUUAAAGGCGGAUUUCGUGAUUUCGGCUUUUGGUUCAGGACUGUACGACUCUGCUGUGAAACAAGCCAUGGCACCGAUUAAGAUGAACAGAUGGAACCUGCCGGAAGUGGAUGAAACCACGAUGAUGACUUCGGUACCAGGUGUGUUCUGCGGGGGCGACCUUGCGGGUGUUGCCCAGACGACGGUGGAAUCCGUGAAUGACGGAAAGACAGCUGCAUGGUACAUACACAAAUACAUACAGGAAUCCCACGAUUUGACGGUGCCGGAAACUCCGCAGUUACCGAAGUUCCACACCGCCGUUGACGAUGUUGACCUCAGUGUUGAGGUGUGCGGGAUGAAAUUCGAGAAUCCCUUCGGUCUUGCUUCCGCGCCACCUUGCACCACCAGCGCGAUGAUCCGGCGAGCUUUCGAGGCAGGCUGGGCUUUCGCUAUCACGAAAACCUUCUCCUUGGACAAGGAUCUUGUCACCAAUGUGUCGCCGCGCAUCGUCAAAGGCACCACGUCCCGUCACCAUUAUGGACCUGAGCAGGGUAGCUUUCUAAACAUCGAGUUGAUAUCCGAGAAAACCGCCGAUUAUUGGUGCAGCAGUGUCACUGAAUUGAAACGAGACUUCCCCACGAAGGUUGUCAUUGCGAGUAUUAUGUGCACGUAUAACAGAGCUGAUUGGACGGAGCUGGCGAGAAAAGCGGAAGCGGCUGGCUCUGACGGAUUGGAAUUAAAUCUAUCCUGUCCUCAUGGUAUGGGCGAGUCCGGAAUGGGUCUGGCCUGUGGACAGGAUCCUGAACUGGUUAGAAACAUCUCCAGAUGGGUUCGCGAAGCCGUCAAAAUACCAUUUUUCAUCAAAUUGACACCCAAUAUCACCGACAUCCUUUCUAUAGCCAAGGCAGCUUACGAAGGCAAGGCCGACGGCGUUACUGCCAUUAACACGGUAUCAGGAUUAAUGGGACUGCACGCCGAUGCGACUCCGUGGCCGGCAGUCGGCCUCAACAAGUCUACAACGUACGGCGGGAUGUCGGGAAACGCCACCAGGCCCCAAGCUCUGAGAGCGAUCUCGACGAUUUCAAAGCAUCUUCCGGGAUUCCCAAUUCUCGGCACCGGCGGCGUCGACUCGGCCGACGUCACUCUGCAGUUCUUGCAUUGCGGUGCAUCGGUCGUCCAGAUUUGUAGCGCUAUUCAGAACCAAGACUUCACACUGAUAGACGACUACGUGACCGGCUUGAAAGCGUUGUUGUAUCUAAAGAGUCUGGCGCAAGUGAAGGACUGGGACGGUCAGAGUCCACCGACGUUCAAGCAUCAGAAGGGCAAGCCUAUUUCCAUGCAACAUGCCCUUGGCAAAAAUAUACCGUAUUUCGGCGUGUACCAAAGACUGCGCGAACAGAAGGUAGCCGAGCUGAAAGCAAACUCGAAUCCCUUGGACGAGGUCGUCAAGGCGAUUCGACCGGCUCCAACAUCGAUCGCGCCGAUUCCUACUGUCAAGGACGUGAUAGGUAAAGCGAUACUUCACAUCGGCAGUUACAAGGAAUUGGACAACAGGAAGCAAGUGGUCGCCUUGAUCGACGAUGACAUGUGCAUAAAUUGCGGCAAGUGCUACAUGGCUUGCGCGGAUUCCGGAUAUCAAGCGAUCGCCUUCGACCCCGACACCCACAUCCCAAGUGUGACGGACGAUUGCACCGGGUGUACGCUUUGCUUGUCGGUCUGUCCGAUUAUUGACUGCAUCACUAUGGUUCCAAAAACGAUUCCACACAUAAUUAAAAGAGGCGUACCACCGAAGAAUGUAAUCGAAAUUUGUUAAACGUUAGUCCUACGUUCUUGUCCAAAGAAAUUCAUAAUAUACAGCGUCAUUUAUGCGUACAAAUUAAUUAUUUACUGAAUGACAUCGCUAACAUCAGGUAAAAAGAUAUAUGUAGUAUAUAUACAUAUAAUGAAAUAAAUAAUAAUCCAACAUAUGUAAUUAUAUCGAUUUCGAAGGUUGAUGUAAGUAUAAUCAUGUAGCGAAAAAAUAUACUUGGUGGGAGCCGCUAUCUCCUGAUAAACUAUAGAACAAACAACUCAACAUAUGAAUGCAUUUUUAAUAAUAAAAUAACGGUUUUCUAACAGAA